CUCUUUUAAGCUUUGCUUCACUUCUAAUCUUCUCAAAACCUAACACCCUUUUGCCCCCUUCUUAUGUAUCUGUUAUUUCUGUGGUGGGUUUCUUAAAUAGAAACCUUAAUUAUCAUUUUCUUGUGUUUUUUUUGGUUCUUGAUUUUCCGGCCAAAAAAUGGAGCAAGAAGGAGCACUUGUUGUAGUACCGGCGGCAGUACCUGUUACGACGGCGACGCCGAAGAGGGCAGUGGCUCCGCCGCCGACGUCGUUAGCGCCGGGUUUCAGGUUUCAUCCAACAGAUGAGGAGUUGGUGAGGUACUACCUAAGGAGAAAAGCUUGUGCGAAGCCAUUUCGGUUUCAGGCUGUUUCUGAAAUUGAUGUUUACAAAUCUGAGCCUUGGGAACUUGCAGAAUAUUCAUCGCUGAAGACCAGAGAUCUAGAGUGGUACUUUUUCAGCCCAGUAGAUAGGAAGUAUGGGAAUGGAUCUCGUCUUAACCGAGCCACUGGCAAGGGCUAUUGGAAAGCUACUGGGAAGGAUCGUCCUGUUCGCCACAAGUCUCAGACCAUUGGAAUGAAGAAAACGCUCGUUUUCCAUAGUGGUCGAGCUCCUGAUGGUAAGCGAACUAAUUGGGUGAUGCAUGAGUACAGACUUACCGAUGAAGAAUUGGAAAGGGCUGGAGUUGUGCAGGAUGCUUUUGUACUUUGUAGAAUCUUCCAAAAAAGUGGAUUAGGACCUCCGAAUGGCGACAGAUAUGCUCCAUUUAUUGAGGAGGAAUGGGAUGAUGAUACAGCUCUGCUGGUUCCCGGAGGAGAGACAGAGGAUGACGUGGCCAAUGGUGAUGAAGCACGAGUUGAGGGCAAUGACCUUGACCAGGAUGCUCGACAUAAGGCUCCUCCUCGCCAAAGUGAGAACCUGCUCGAGCCCCAACCUAUUCCAUUUAUUUGCAAGAGAGAGAGAUCACCAGAAGAUCCAGAACCCCUCUCUUUAGCUCAAAGCAAAAGAUCCAAGCGCGAAGAUCCUAGCUCUAGCCAUGCAAAUGGUUCUGAAGAUUCAACUACUAGCCAACAGGAUCCACCAACAACGAUGAUGACGACAAAUUACUCCCCCCCUUCUCUCUUAGCAUUCCCCUUGUUAGAGCCCCUUGAACCUAAAGAAAGCCAACCUUCUAAUCCCCCUACUUUCGACUCCUCCAACCUCGAAAAAUCUGUCCCACCAGGUUACUUGAAGUUCAUUAGCAAUUUAGAGAACGAGAUACUAAAUGUCUCCAUGGAGAGGGAAACGUUGAAGAUUGAAGUGAUGAGAGCUCAGGCAAUGAUCAACAUUCUUCAAUCUCGUAUCGAUCUUUUGAACAAGGAGAAUGAGGACUUGAGAAGACUCGUCCGAGGAGGUUAAGCUGGUAUAGCAGCAUCUCCGUGUAUUCUAGUUUUGUAGUUGUCGGCGGAGGCCCCUUGUCCUCCAUUCUUGAACUGUCUUCAGUAAAGAGGAAAAUGGCUGGCUAUGUAAUAUAUUUACGUAGUUUUUUUGCUAUAAACCUUGGACCAAUGUACAAUCUAGCUGUCGACAGAAUGUUUGUCUGUCUGUUAAACCGGUUUAAAAUAAAGUUAAGCGUCUUCGCUUUAAUACUCUUUCA